GUUACCCUCUUAGUUGGUGGUGGGGUAGCCAUUGGUUUUCAUGAGCUCAUACAGGUCCUUCUUCUGGCAUCCCAUCUGGGAAUGAUGCAUCGUAGCGCCUUGGUUUGCUUCUUCCGGAGCUCAAACUUUGCCUGUAAAAUGUCCAAGGACUUCCCAAAAAGCCCCUCAGUAGACACUGGUUCAUCCAAAUACACGGCCCUGUCUCUGUCCAAGACGUUUGAGAGGGUUAGCCACAGAUGUCUUUGGGCUGCCACCUUUGAUGCCAUUACCCUCCCCAAUGAAAGUGCUGCACAGCUGGAUGUCUGGGGAAUGUAGUCUGCUGCUACUCGAAUCUCGUUCAGGAGAGGGGUCAGGGGCCUAUCAGGUGGCACAUGGUUGCCCAGUUCUGACCGGCACAUGGCUUGGUAUGUCUGUAGCAUGGGAGCUGAACUCAGGUGGUCGCCAAGCAUGAUAGAUUUUUUCUAGCUGGGAUGCUGAGAAUCUGUAUUGCUUAGACGGCAAGGCUGUGGAGCCACUCAAACCCAGGUUGUGUGAUGGUGCCAGCCACGCUGCCAGAGAUGCUUCCAUUGAGGGGAGACCAACCAUUACAGCCUUCUCGGUGCCCUUGAGGUCUACAUACUGAGCAAAAACAGGCACAGUAGUGUGUGUGGACAGCGACUUGUUCCAGGAGGACCUUAGUUCUGUCACAAAAGUCCGAGAGCAUGGGCAGUUGGUUGAGCCAGCGGAGGAGAGGGCCACUCCACGUCUAGUUUCUCGGCAGCACGGCAGCAGAGAGGGAUAAAGGAGAGGUUGUUCUGGCUUACCAGAGAGGCAGUGGUGACGGUUAGACAUGCACACUGAGCCGCCAAGAAAUGAUCAUCUCCUGACAUGCUCUGGUCAUCUGUGUGGAUGUCCAGAAUGUUGUUCUCAUCUGCAGGACUCAUUUGCAGAAGGGCUGAGGAUUCUGGGGGAGUGAAAAGCUGACGGUGACUGGGAGAAGAUAAGUGGGCAGGACUCCGACCUCCAGAAUACACCUCAUCUCAAUGGAAACAGGACUCAGAGACAGAAGAGUUUGGAUCCAACUGGUCACUUCCAGGGUACCUGAUCUCUGGAUUCAAAGUGUCUAAAGAUAGCCCUGAAAUUGACCUUCUAUUGUUUAGUGAUUGAAACACAACAAAUGUUUCAAACUAUUUAAAUGUUUUAAAACAUAAAAGACAUCUGGACCAAGAUUUUCCUGGAGCAUCAUGUUUCACUGCUUCUCAAAAACUGGAUCAUAAACGCAGCAUCAGCUGGUCUUGAAGGGCUCCUCCAUCCGGGUCAGAAUGCACCAUCUGUUCAGCCAGGUGCUGGGUCAGAGGGAUCUGUCCAGAGCAGGAGAUCUGUUCUCCUUAGAGGACACAGAGAUCGAGCACUGUCUCUCUCAAGCUCUGGACCAGAUCAAGGACAUCUCCUGCUCACCGGACUAUUUGACCAACGACAACGAUCAGGCUGUGGUGGAGAUCUGCAUCACACGCAUCACCACAGCCAUCAGAGAGACCGGCUCCAUUGAGCGGCACAGCAAGGCGCUGGUGGGCCUGUGGGAGUCGUGUCUGGAACACAACCUGACCCCUCAAGGGGAAAACACAGAAGACACACCACAUGCAAAGAUAGCCUCUGACAUCACCAGCUGUAUCCUGCAGAACUACAGCUGUCCGUCCGUCAUGGUGCUGGCUGUCCCAUUGGCAGUGCGCUUUCUGCAAAGGGGAAACCGCGAACUGAGCAGGAACAUGUCCAGUUAUCUCUCCCUGGCUGCUAUAGCUGAGGCUGAUCUGCUGGCAGAGCACACAGAGGUUAUAACACUCAGUGUUCUGGGAGGGAACCACAUGCUGUUACGAGUGCUGCCUUCAGUUUAUGCAAGACAACCGGAUACCAUCCACCGUCACCUGGGUAACCUCACAAGGAUGAUGUCACAGCUGGAAACACCUGAGAAACAGCACCUGAUUAGACUUAUCCAGAUGGUUGCUGAGCAACAUCCACUUAUGCUGAGCACUCAGGUUCCUGUACUGGUCAGUUACCUGAGUGACCAUUCUCUGACCGAGGCUCUGCUGGGAGCUCUGGUAGACGUCUCACAGGCCAGUCCUUCAUCACUCAUCAACUUUCUUCCUACAUUGAGGAUGGUGGGACAGCAUUCUACUGCGUUCCAGGGCAGUGUGGCCAAAAUCCACGGUUCUGUGGGCAUCAUCAGUGAGACUCAUGCUCACAGCUCACUGGCCUACCUGGUGUCCCUUCUGGGCACAAUGGAGCACAGCUUUCACCACACCCUGCUGCUGGAGAUCAGAGCUCUGACUGACCGAUACCCAUCUUUACUGGGGGGUAGUAGCAAAGACAUCUACAGGAUGAGCAACUCUUUCACUACUAUAGCCAGGCUGCUGGGACGGCGACUAGAGGACAAAACUCACAGCAGGGUGGAGGAGGCAGGCCCAUCACUCCAAACUGGAAGAGGAGGAGGCGGGGCAUCAGAGCAGCUGCUGCAGGGGAAUGUCCAGAGUUUUGAUAAGAGAAUGGGAGAUGAGGGAGCUGAGGAGGAGGAGGAGGAGGAGGAGGACUCACCAUCUCCCCAGCGACGGUACAGCCUGAGCCACGUCACCAGCGAAGAGAGACAGGAGAUGAGAUUCAACAGGUCAAAGAGCCUGGCUCUUCACGCUGCGCGUUCACGCUCCAUCACUUCCGACACGGCGGAUGACGAUGAAGGGGCGGAGCCAAGCACAGACAGCUGCUUUUCAAAUUCUCUGUCCAAUCAGCACUCAGAAAACUGUGAGGCGUCGUCCUCUGAGAUGGCAGGUGACGUCGCAGCUCCACUCAACGCUAACGAGAAAAAAGAGGCUGAAACUCCUCAAAGUGGAGAGAUGAAUGGAAAGAGAGGAGGCGAGGAGGAGGACAAACUCUUCAUCCAUUUAAGAGAAAAUAUGGAGACGCUCAGAGAGUUCAGUGAGGAGAUGGUGAAGCAGAUCCCGGUCCCAGAGCAGUGUGUGAUAGAAGAUUCAAGUCGAGGUUGUGUGGCUAAGCUGUCGUUCUCCUGCCCGUUGAAGGGUUACUACUGCCUGUACGCCAAGUCCUACUUCAACCUGACAAGUCACCAGCCUCACCUGUGGAUUCGCAUCAUGCUGUUGCAUUUACAGAGUAAGUCCAGUGUCCCUCUGUGCUCCAGAGACAAGUCUGUCCAGAGACUGGCGUCUCUUUGGGAGAAGACGCAGCUUAAAGGCUCUCACAGCUUCUCCAUGGCGAUGACCCAACACACCACCCCGCAAAGGAAGGACCUGGACAGCCUUCAGGUGCAGCUGGAGGAGGUGCGUUUCUUUGACCUCUUUGGAUUCAGUGAGGAAGAGGGAAGAUGGCUGUGCUUCAUGUGCAACAACCCUGAGAAGGCCACAGUUGUGAACCAAGAAGGUCAACCUCUAAUCGAAGGGAAGUUGAAAGAGAAGCAGGUUCGCUGGAAGUUUAUAAAACGCUGGAAAACACGUUACUUCACGUUGGCGGGAAACCAGUUGCUUUUCCGCAGGGGCAAAUCAAAAGAUGAGAUGGAUGAUAUUCCUAUUGAGCUGAGCAAGGUGCAAAGUGUCAAGGUGGUAGCUAAGAAGCGCAGGGAUCGGGGGCUGCCUCGGGCCUUUGAGAUCUUUACCGACAGCAAGUCAUACGUGCUGAAGGCCGAGGACGAGAAGCACGCUGAGGAGUGGCUGCAGUGCAUCAACGUGGCCGUGGCUCAGGCCAGAGAGAGGGAGAACAAAGAGGCGACGACCUACCUGUGAGCCGAACUCAGACCCGACUACCCACAGAGCUCUUCAGUCACAUCAUAAUUUCAUAUCGUGCAGUAUUUGUUAUUAAAACUUGAAACCAGCAUUAAGGCUCAUGAUGCACCCUAAAAAAAGCAUAAAUAAAGGUUACAGAGGUAAGGUGUUACAGAUUUAAGCUACAUCAGUCUCGACUGCACCAAACAAAACCAGCUGCAGUUGGAAACCCGCGCGUUUCUACAUGAAACAAUGACUGAGACGUUUUAGAGUCACUAUAAAUAUUUAUUAGAUGCACAGGCCUCAUUUGGACCUGGACUAUAAUGAGACUGAGCUUUUGGAAGCUGGAAGGAUGAAGAGUAGCCUAAUGGACCACAGAUGGGAAAGGUCUUUGAUGCUGAAAGUUUGUUGAGGGAGUUAAGGAGGAGAAAUGCCUAAAGGUUGUAGCUUUCUUCACCUUCUUGCCAAAAUAUGUGAAUGAAGACAUGAAAAAAGGAAAGUUUGUUUAGCUAUAGCUCACUUAUGGUGGGUUCCAUUUGGCACUUGAAAGUUUACUAUUUUCAUUUGAAAAAAGUCCAAUUGGAAGUCAGAAUUUUCACUUCUUGUUAUAAAUCCAACAUGGCUGCCUAGUUGUAGCUGUGUCAAAUGGGGAGCCAUCUGUAGAAAUCCACCCCAUGUUUUCAUGAAACUAGUGUCAGAUGUUGACAAAUAGUGGAAACUUGGGGUAAAGUGGUUUCCUUGUGGGUUCCAGACUCUGCCCGUUUAGUGUUUUUCAUGUAAAACAUUCAAAUGAAUUUCUUUUAAAUCAUGUUCGAACAAGUUUUUUCUAAAGUUAAACACCCUUUGAUGUGCCCAAACCGUGAGACUGGAUCAAACAGGAGACGUGCAGAACUGUAGUUUAGAAGGUAAUCAAAAAUUAAACUUUCAGCAGUUUACCACUAAAUGUUUCAUUUCAUUUAAUUAAAGAUCACAACUCUUACAAGGAUAAACUAACUUUUAGGUCAAAUGAAAACACAAUUCCAACAAUCUGAUUUUAUUAUACAUCUAAACUUACAGUAUUUUCAUUUUAGAUAGGCAGAACUAAAACAGGUCCAGGGUCAGCCAAAGGGCAGAGGGAUGCAAAGCGUUUAGGUAGAAAGUUGAAUCUUGAGUCUUUUUUUUUUACCAAAUGUGUUGAUUUUUUUGCUUUAAGUGAAACCAUCUCCUUAUCCCCUUACCCUUACGUGGCAGCUUUGAGCUCUCAAAACACUCAAGCAGACAUUUAUUCCCAUCCUGUGUAAAAUAAUAUACGAGUUGUAUGUUUUUGUUUUAAACAGAGCAGAAGUAUAAUUGGGAUGAUAAAGUUACCUAAACUCUGUAAAUAUGAUGUUUUAAAUCCUGUACACAUUUGAUUCUGUGAUUUUUGAAAUGAGUUGUUAUCCUAUUGAUGGCCAGUUUUCUAGGUUCAUGGUUUUCAAUGGAAAACACAACUUUGCAUUUUUUACAUAUAGAAUUAAUUUCCUAUCUUUGUAAGACGUUUGGACACUGGCCUCUGGUACAAAGCAGACAUAAUGUUCGAAACUACUGUAGUUUUCACUGUGAAGAUAAUUGACGUCAGUGAUGAAAGAUCUGAAUGUCUAAAAUCACAUCAGUCAGCCUUUUGACUCAAAGGUGAUUUGUUGCUUGAUUACUUUUGAUUUUUAUGUAGGCUAUUAUUUAUUUAACUAACUGUUUCUAUAAAUCUUCAGUUGUGCCUGCAAAGACUGCAGAAACAAUGGAUGAAGGCUUUUAUGUUUUAACUUAUUUCCUGAUUUUAUAUGUACAGGUCAUAAAAUUGGAAUAUCAUGACAACAUUGAUAAAUUUGAGUAAUUCCAUUCUAAACUUGUAUAUUAUAUUCAUUCAGUACACACAGACUGAUAUAUUUCAAAUGUUUACUUCUUUUAAUGUUGAUUAUUAUAACUGACAACUGAUGAAAAUCCCAAAUUAAGUAUCUCAGAAUAUUAGAAAAUAUUAGAAUAAUGUGAAAAGGUUCAAUAAAGUGUGUGAAUUAUUAUUUGAUUGCUGGAACUAAAUUAUGUAUUUUAUUGAUUGCUUAACAGAUAUUGAGAUGAACUGCAAUCUUGAUCAAUGCACUUCCUGCAUAUUUGUCUUCUUUGAUUUAUUUCUCUUAAAAUAAUUGGAACAAUAAAUCGGUAUAAUCAGGUAACCU